AUGGUUGACUUUAAAACUUUUAUUUACGGUCGUGUCUACGACACAGGAAUACCAGUCUUCAAACUGACUCAGCGCACCAGCAGGGCUUCACUAAGCAAGUCGCUGAAAGAUCGCUUGACCACAGGCAAAGGUGAGGGCAUUUUCGACCGUAUGUUCCACACAGUUACCAACAUCACCACUGAUGGCAGCAAUGGCGACGUGGCGUGUGACUCCUACCACAAGUACGAGAUAGACAUACAACUCGCCAAGGAUAUGAACGUGGACGCAUACCGCUUCUCCGUAUCGUGGCCCCGGGUUCUCCCCACCGGAGACGUCAACAACAUCAACCAGGAGGGAAUCGAUUACAACAACAAGGUGAUCGACGGCUUGAUCGCCGAAGGCAUCACUCCAGUGGUGACGAUGUUCCACUGGGACCUGCCACAGACACUGCAGGACAUCGAGGGGUGGCCCAACCCUAGGCUGGCAGACUACUUUGUUGAGUACGCCAGAGUGCUCUACGACAACUACGGUGACAGGGUGAAGUGGUGGCAGACGUUCAACGAGCCGGCCAGUUUCGUCUCAGGCUACUCUGGAGGCUUCCUUAUCGCCCCAGGCAUAAACUCGUCAGGCGUGGGAGACUACAUGGCGGCCUCCACCCUGCUCAAAGCACACGCUGGGGCCUACCACCUCUACGACGAGAAGUACCGACAGACUCAGAAAGGAAAGGUCGGCAUCACAAUUAAUAACAUGUGGUAUGAACCCGCCACCGACUCUGCAGCAGACAUUGAGGCAGCAGAACGCAAGAUGCAGUUCUACUCUGGCUUGUACAGUCACCCGAUUUUCACGGCUGAGGGAGACUGGCCUCAGGUGGUGAAGCAGAGGAUUGCGGCAAACAGUAAGGCUGCGGGCUACCCCAGGUCCCGACUAGUGGAGCUCACACCCGAGGAGGUGGAAUACAUCAGGGGCACGUCUGACUUCUGCGGACUGAACCACUACACGGCCAACCCAGUAUCAGACGGCUCCAGCGGCUACGACCCCUCCAUGGAAUUUGACGCGGGCGUCGUUAUCGGGGAAUACACGGACGCACCGCAGGCGGCAUCCACCUGGCUCAGGAGCACUCCUUGGGCCUUCCGCAAGCUGUUCAACUGGCUCGCCCAGCAGUACCCUGGCUACCCGAUCUUCGUCAUGGAGAACGGCUGGUCCGACACUGGAGAACUCGAGGACCAGGGCCGAAUAGAUUACUACACGAGCUACUUGGCUGAGAUGCUAAAGGCUAUUAAUGAAGACGGCGUCGACGUCAUAGGCUACACAGCCUGGAGUCUCCUGGAUAACUUUGAGUGGGGCACAGGAUUCACGACAAGAUUUGGACUUCACUAUGUGGACUUUAAUGAUCCGGAUCGCAAAUGGACGCCUAAGGCAUCCAGCAAGGUCCUUGGACAGAUCUUCAAAACGAAAACACUUCCAGCUAAAUACCUGAAGCAGAUUGCAGUGGUGAAGAUGAGGCCCACUGUGUGCUUGCUCUUUCUUUUGGCAGCCGGUGUCCUGGGUCGCCCGGGAAGACCUGGAGCACGAGGGCCUCCCAACAAAUUCCCCAAGGACUUCAUGUUCGCAGCUGCUACCGCGUCCUACCAGGUGGAGGGCGCCUGGAAUGAAGGCGGCAAAGGUGAGAGCAUUUUCGAUCGCAUGUUCCACACAAUUCCAAACAUCACCACCGAUGGCAGCAAUGGCGACGUGGCGUGUGACUCCUACCACAAGUACGAGAUAGACAUACAACUCGCCAAGGAUAUGAACGUGGACGCAUACCGCUUCUCCGUAUCGUGGCCCCGGGUUCUCCCCACCGGAGACGUCAACAACAUCAACCAGGAGGGAAUCGAUUACUACAACAAGGUGAUCGACGGCUUGAUCGCCAAAGGCAUCACUCCAGUGGUGACGAUGUUCCACUGGGACCUGCCACAGACACUGCAGGACAUCGGGGGGUGGCCCAACCCUAGGCUGGCAGAAUACUUUGUUGAGUACGCCAGAGUGCUCUACGACAACUACGGUGACAGGGUGAAGUGGUGGCAGACGUUCAACGAGCCGGCCAGUGUCGUCUUAGGCUACUCUGGAGGCUUCCUUAUCGCCCCGGGCAUCAACUCGUCAGGCGUGGGAGACUACAUGGCGGCCUACACCCUGCUCAAAGCACACGCUGGGGCCUACCGCCUCUACGACGAGAAGUACCGACAGACUCAGAAAGGAAAGGUCGGCAUCACAAUUAAUAACAUGUGGUAUGAACCCGCCACCGACUCUGCAGCAGACAUUGAGGCAGCAGAACGCAAGAUGCAGUUCUACUCUGGCCUGUACAGUCACCCGAUUUUCACGGCCAAAGGAGACUGGCCUGAGGUGGUGAAGCAGAGGAUUGCGGCAAACAGUAAGGCUGCGGGCUACCCCAGGUCCCGACUAGUGGAGCUCACACCGGAGGAGGUGGAAUACAUCAGGGGCACGUCUGACUUCUACGGACUGAACCACUACACGGCCAACCCAGUAUCAGACGGCUCCAGCGGCUACGACCCCUCCAUGGAAUUUGACGCGGGCGUCGUUAUCGGGGAAUACACGGACGCACCGCAGGGGGCAUCCACCUGGCACAGGAGCACUCCUUGGGCCUUCCGCAAGCUGUUCAACUGGCUCGCCCAGCAGUACCCUGGCUACCCGAUCUUCGUCAUGGAGAACGGCUGGUCCGACACUGGAGAACUCGAGGACCAGGGCAGAAUAGACUACUACACGAGCUACUUGGCUGAGAUGCUGAAGGCUAUUAAUGAAGACGGCGUCGACGUCAUAGGCUACACAGCCUGGAGUCUGCUGGAUAACUUUGAGUGGGGCACAGGAUUCACGACAAGAUUUGGACUUCACUAUGUGGACUUUAAUGAUCCGGAUCGCAAAAGGACGCCCAAGGCAUCCAGCAAGGUCCUUGGACAGAUCUUCAAAACGAAAACACUUCCAGCUAAAUACCUGAAGUAA